ACGAAAGAGACUAGGAUUGCAAGAACCUAUCUAAGAGACAAGAGUCCUGCGGUCGAAAACAGGACCACAUUUUGUGGAGGGGAUCGAACAGAUUUCCUAUACGCAAUGAGCUGCUUCUUGUACCAGGAGAAACAAAACGGAUAAACUACAGUCCUUUUAAUGAAGAGGAAAAUAAUAUAGGUCUUACGCUUAUCUUAAAAAAAAAACAAACCAAAAAAAAAAAAACAAGCAUUGCAUUAAAAUGGCCGUUCGCAGCAACACCUUAACGUCAUUCUCCAUCCAGGCUAUUUUAAAUAAAAAAGAAUAUAACAGGCAUUCGAACGAUUUGGAUGUAGCUUGUUUUCCAAAGUCAUCCUGCUGGAAAAUAUUUGGGGAUGUGGAUACUAGAGGAUCGGAGGGCUUUUCUUACCCAUCUAAAAGCGAAGGAGAGGCGGGCAUGGUGAGCGACCAGAAAAGCUAUGAUUCUGAUUCGGGUGUCAGUGAAGAGAAUGACAGUAAGACCCGUCCUGUCUGCAAACCAGAGAAAGAUAAUAUGGAACUUUCAACCUCCGCAUUAUUGGAAGACAGUUUCCACGAUGAAACGGAUCAGGAAUCCACAGCAAUGGAGAGUGCUCAGAUUCUUAGUGACUAUGAGAUGUCAGCGAAUGUGUCUGAUACCAACCACCCGGAAGAUGACAAAUGCGAUAAAAGCUCGGAACAGCCUAAGCAAAGGAAGAAGCGAUCAAGGGCCGCUUUCUCCCACGCGCAGGUAUUCGAGUUGGAAAGGCGAUUCAACCACCAGAGGUACUUAUCCGGACCCGAGAGAGCCGACCUGGCGGCCUCCCUAAAGCUGACCGAAACUCAAGUUAAAAUCUGGUUCCAAAACCGCAGAUACAAAACCAAACGUCGGCAGAUGGCUGCUGAUUUAAUGGCCUCAGCCCCCGCAGCCAAGAAAGUGGCGGUGAAAGUUUUAGUUCGAGACGAUCAGAGACAGUACAACCCAGGAGAACUAAUGAGACCGCCGCUCUUGUCUCUUCAGCCAUCCUACUACUACCCUUAUGCAUACUGCCUCCCUGCAUGGACACUGCCUGCCUGCGCUGGGAAUCAAUGAAACUAUAUUAGUAAGAAAUAAAAAACCCUGACACCAAACUGAAA